CUAGAUAACCACGUGGUCAUCAUCUUUUCGUUAUCGCGUAGCUUUACUCAGCCCGAGAUUUCUCAGCAAUCUCCUCCAAAACCACGCCGACCAACACCAUCCAGAGGUUAUCGAUGGCGGCACCUCACGAAACAGAAGACUAUAUUGAAGAAGAAGACGGGGACGUGUUCAUCGACUCGGGUGAUGUCCUUGCAGAGGUUCCCGAUGACGGCGACCAUCUUAUGGACGAGGAUGAUGAAGCAGACGACGGGGUUGGCGAUCUUCCAUCUGGGGACUCUGAUGUGAAGGACAACUCGCUGCAGCACUUCACUACUCACAACGGCUCUGUGUUUGCUAUAUCAUGUCAUCCCACGGAACCGCUCGCAGUCUCCGGGGGUGAAGAUGAUCUUGGAUACAUAUGGGAUAUUACGGACGGAGAAGUUAUUGUGAAGCUGACUGGACACACGGAUAGCGUAUCCGGCGCUGCUUUCAGCAGCGACGGCCAGAUGGUCGCGACUGGUGGAAUGGAUGGGAAGGUGAGGAUAUGGAGAAGAGUUGGCACAGUGAACUUCAGAAAUUGGGAGUUCUUGACUGAGCUUCAGGGUCCAGAUGAAGUGAUUUGGCUACGCUGGCAUCCCCGUGGAUCAAUUUUACUCGCUGGAUCCAACGAUUCUACAGUUUGGCUGUGGCAAUUGCCGUCGGGAAAUACCAUGCAGGUAUUCGCUGGACACAGUGGUCCAGUUCAAUGUGGAGAGUUCACACCCGAUGGCAAGCGGAUAGUAACCGCCUCUGGGGACGGAACUCUCCUGUAUUGGGAUCCGCGGUCGCCAACUCCAUUGUUUAAACUUACACCACAAGACGCCCGUUUUGAUCUCGAGAACAUUACAUCUCUUGCAAUAAAUGCCUCUUCUACGCUCGCAGUUGUAGGUGGAACAUCUGGGAGUGUGCGUGUAGUAAGUCUCAGCAAGGGUGAGGUUGUCGGUGCCCUUGGGGGGCAUGCUGAGGGGGAGAGUGUUGAAGCUGUGCAAUUUGUCGAUCUCACUGGAUCGGGAAGCAGCCCUGGCGUUGUAGUCACUGGGGGGACUGAUGGAAAAGCGUGUGUAUGGGACCUCUCCACAAUGAGACUCCGCGCAACUCUCAAGCAUCAGGAUGCUGUAACUUCUCUGUUGACUCACCCGGCACCAAAAAGUCACUUGAUAGUGUCGGCGUCCGCAGACAACACGCUCCGUACGUGGGAUGCUCGCACUGGCGCACUAGUCAAGGAGCACACUGGGCACCAUGGCCCAAUACUCAGCGCGUCUCUGGGACUCCAGGGUUCCGUGGUUGUUAGCGGUGGGGAUGAUUCGGCUUGCCUAGUCUUCACAACGGAGGUCGACGAGUCAGGAUAGAGCUCACAUUUAUGAAUAACCUGCCAAUCUGUCAGGUCGCCAUGUCAUCUAACGUUCCUGGCACACCACAAAAUAAUACCCUUGUACUAUCCAAUUAGAAUCAUAAAUAGUUCGAGAGCAUGUGGCUUGAGUUAUACCCUGCAAGUACUGCGAUUAGACGACUCAGAUCUUGGGCCCUCCCAUGCCAGCCGGUUGUUUAACCUCCAUCGUCCUGAUUCC